AUGGGUAUUGCCUAUUUAAAAGAUUUUGUUCAUGGUCGAUCAGUUGAUGAAGAAAGUGAACAACAAGAUAUAGAUGAUGAUCUUUUCGGUAAACGUUUCGAAAACGAUCUUCUUUGGUUGGCAAGAGAAGAUGUUAUGAAACCAUCACCAUCAGGUGGAAUAGCGUGUCAAAAAGAAAAUGGAGAAUCAUAUGAUUUUUAUUUUAAUACGGGAAAAUCAUCAUGGAAUCAUCCAUAUGAUGAUAUAUAUAAAACACGAGUUAUUCAAGCACGAGAAAAGAAAACUUUAUCAUCCAUUGUAUUCGAUACACUUUCAAAAGGUAUUGAUCGUGAAGAAAACGAAUCAACAGCAGUUAUUACUCCAUAUUCUCCAAUGUCAUUUACUAUUAACACAGGUUAUUUGUCUUUAUAUACAGUGUGA